UCUUCCCUAGAGGCAUCCAAAACCAUCCCCAAAAGGAAAACGAAAAAAAAAAAAAUCAAAGAAAAAGAGAAAAGCAAUACUCUUGCUUCCUUGGCCUUCUUACCUCUUAUAUACGUCAAAAUCCACCCAGAAUUUACUAACCGUCCAAGCAUCCAUUUCGUUUCAUUUCCCUCCAACCAAACUGUACCGGCAAAUUCCCGGUCUCCGGUUUCCAUCAACUCCAGUAUCCUCACCUGUUUACAUAUUAUUAUUUUUUGAUGAAUAAUCUCUAUUAAAUUUUAAUUUCAUCGAUCUGAAAAUAACCGGUUUUGGACUCGAUGAAUUCGAUUUCGGGCUCCGAUUUUUAGAUUCGGAGUUUCUCUUUCGGAUUUGGAUUGAAAGGGAAUAGAAGAAGAAGAAUAAGAUGAGCAAUCAGAAGAAGCGGAAUUUUCAGAUAGAGGCGUUCAAGCACCGGGUGGUGGUGGAUCCGAAAUACGCCGAGAAGACCUGGAAGAUUCUGGAGCAUGCAAUCCACGAGAUUUACAAUCAUAAUGCUAGUGGCCUCAGCUUCGAAGAGCUUUACAGGAAUGCGUACAACAUGGUGCUUCACAAAUUUGGUGAUAAGCUGUACUCAGGACUGGUUACAACUAUGACUUCACAUCUCAAAGAAAUAUCAAAAUCUAUUGAGGAUGCUCAGGGAGGUUUGUUUCUGGAAGAACUGAACAGGAAAUGGAAUGAUCAUAACAAGGCAUUACAGAUGAUCCGAGACAUACUAAUGUACAUGGACAGGACUUAUAUUCCAAGUUCCCAGAAGACUCCUGUUCACGAGCUUGGGCUGAACUUAUGGAGAGAUAGCAUCAUCCACUCCAGCAAGAUUCAGACUAGGCUGUUAAAUACGCUUCUUGAACUAGUACGUAGAGAACGGACCGGUGAAGUUAUUAACAGGGGGCUAAUGAGGAAUUUAAUUAAGAUGCUAAUGGAUUUAGGUUCUUCUGUUUAUGAAGAAGAUUUUGAAAGGCCUUUUCUUGAGGUUUCAGCUGAGUUUUACGGGGCUGAGUCUCAAAAUUUCAUUGAGUGCUGUGAUUGUGGGGAUUACCUCAAGAAAGCCGAGAGGCGUCUAAACGAGGAAAUGGAGAGGGUGACACAUUACUUGGAUACCAAGAGUGAAACAAAGAUAACUAGUGUUGUAGAGAAGGAAAUGAUUGCUAAUCACAUGAUGAGACUAAUCCACAUGGAAAAUUCUGGCUUGGUAAACAUGCUUCUUGAUGAUAAGUAUGAAGACAUGGGAAGAAUGUAUGCUUUGUUCCGUCGGGUGCCGAACGGCCUCUUGAAAAUACGAGAAGUGAUGACUUCUCACAUCAGGGAGACUGGUAAGCAGCUUGUUACUGAUCUGGAAAGGCUCAAGGAUCCAGUGGAAUUUGUCCAGCGGCUCCUGGAUGAGAAAGACAAAUAUGAUAGCAUCAUUAACUUGUCGUUUAACAAUGACAAGACUUUCCAGAAUGCUCUGAAUUCAUCCUUUGAAUACUUCAUUAACUUGAAUCCGCGUUCUCCAGAGUUUAUUUCAUUGUUUGUGGAUGACAAACUUCGCAAAGGUCUGAAGGGGGUCAGUGAGGAGGAUGUAGAGGUUAUACUUGACAAGGUGAUGAUGCUAUUUCGUUACUUACAGGAGAAAGAUGUAUUUGAGAAGUAUUAUAAACAGCAUUUGGCGAAGCGGCUUUUGUCUGGAAAGACCGUCUCAGAUGAUGCAGAGAGAAGUUUGAUAGUAAAGCUAAAGACAGAAUGUGGGUACCAAUUUACUUCAAAACUAGAGGGCAUGUUUACAGACAUGAAAACCUCUCAGGAUACAAUGCAAGGCUUUUACACUGGCCACCCUGAGCUUGAGGAUGGCCCUACGCUGACCGUCCAAGUUCUGACAACAGGGUCUUGGCCAACUCAGCCUACCAUUACAUGCAACCUGCCAGCUGAAAUGUCAACACUAUGUGAGAGGUUUCGGGCAUAUUACCUUGGGACUCAUACUGGUCGGAGGUUGUCGUGGCAAACCAACAUGGGCACAGCAGAUAUGAAAGCAAUAUUUGGGAAGGGUCAGAAGCACGAGUUGAAUGUGUCCACUUAUCAGAUGUGUGUCCUAAUGCUGUUCAACAAUGCUGAUCGGCUCAACUACAAGGAGAUUGAGCAGGCUACGGAGAUACCUGCUUCGGAUUUGAAGAGGUGUCUGCAAUCCAUGGCUUGUGUGAAGGGAAAGAACGUUCUCAGGAAAGAACCUAUGAGCAAAGACAUUAGUGAGGAUGAUGCAUUCUUUGUUAACGACAAGUUUACAAGCAAAUUCUAUAAGGUGAAGAUAGGAACUGUAGUUGCACAGAAGGAAUCAGAACCUGAAAAGCAGGAGACCCGGCAGAGGGUGGAGGAGGACAGGAAACCCCAGAUUGAAGCCGCCAUAGUUAGGAUCAUGAAAUCGAGAAGGCAGCUGGAUCAUAACAACAUAAUAGCCGAGGUCACAAAGCAGUUGCAAUCGCGGUUUCUGGCAAACCCGACGGAGAUCAAGAAACGGAUAGAAUCUCUUAUUGAGCGGGAUUUCUUGGAGAGGGAUAAUAAUGACAGGAGAUUAUAUCGGUAUCUUGCCUGAAGCGUAUGUCACUUCCCCUAUCUCAGCUAAAAAAAAUAGCAUUCACGACUGUUGAUUGUUAUUGUAAGCGGAAUUUGUUUUUUUCUCUCCACCUUUCCAAUCCUCUCUAUUGUUCUUCCUUUUCUUUUUCUUUUUCCUCUCUAAAAUUAAUGUCAUUGCUACUUUCCCAUUU